AUGGACGUCAGCACACUUUUAGCAUUGGCGCAGAAUGCGACGGAUGUGGGAAACUGUCAGGCUGCACAGGAGUUUUUUGAGGUCGCCUUGACGUGUAGCCCAAACAACAUUGAUGUGCUGGAGGCAUACGCGGAGCUGAUGAUUCACCACCUACAGGAUAUUCCUCGGGCAAAGCAAAUGCUGCAACACGCCAUUGAGGUGGAUCCACAGCAUGGCUACGUCAAGUACCUUAACCUGGCUCAGCUGUGUGACUCAAACGAGUCUCUGGAGUGUUAUCAGCGCGCCUUACAAAUAGUUCGAGGGGAACUGGACGCAUGCAGGAAAAAGAGGCGACGGGAAACUCUGAAUGAAACUCUUUCCACGAUUUACUGCGCUAUUGCUGAGCUCUAUUUGACAGACUUGUGCUAUGCCCCAGGAGCAGAGCAACUCUGCGAGGAGGCCAUUGUGCAGGCGCUCAAGUGCAAUGGACGGAGUGUAGAGGCUCAUCAGUUGCAGGCCUCGCUGCGUCUUAGUCAAAACCGCUCUGAUGAGGCCCUGCAGUCUUUACGUCGUGCGGUGGAUUUGACGCACCGUCUCAGUGAGGCUUAUCAGCCCACGUACGGUUCCAAGGUGGAGUUGAGUCGUCUGUUGAUGCAAGUGUCACCUGACGAGGCAUACCGCUUCCUGUUGGAGAUCCUGCAGCUUGGUGACAACAAUCCCUACAUUUGGUUUCUACUGGGAGAAUCAGCGAGACUGCGUAAGCGCUACGCCGACUCCGCGCGCCUUCUUCGUCGAGCUCGCGUGAUGCUGACAAUGUCUGACGGUGCCGCGGAGGCUUUGCAGGAGGUGGAUGCAGCGAUUGCCGUGUUGGUGGAGGAGAUGGGCGGUCCGGCGGUGGUGGAACAAAUAGCGGACUUGGAUCAUCCAAACCCUAUUGAGCUGCUAACGCCGGAGGACGAGAGGGAUGAGGAAGGGGAUGACGAUAACGAGGACAUGGAGAAACAGGAAUGGGAGUCGUGCGAUGACGAGGAUUAA